GAGACGGCCAGGAUUAGCAGGAGACUCUGAAACACAAACACAUUUUUGGACUGUUACACUUACCUAACUCCUUGGCUCGGUCAUGGUCAGUGGCUCUACCCACAAUGCCUGUGUUUUACUCUCCUGUGCCCGAGAACCUGCAGAUGGGUCUGGCCUACAUGGGAGGCUCAGUGUUCACCAACAACAGGACGGCAGACAGCGACUUCACAAGGGAGCAGGAGGAUGCAUCUGUGGUCAACGAGCUGGUGUCUCACCUUCCCCUUCAGAUGCUUCUGUACUUCAACAUGUUUUAUUUUCCCUGCUGGUGGUUCUCUGCCGUGUUCAUGUUGGAAGUAAAGUUCUACCAUCUGGCCGGUUACUACCAGGCUCUGCUCAUCACCGGGAUGAUCCUCCUCACGCUCAUUGAAGUGGUCCGGCUCUAUCUGGGCUACAUUGGCAACCUCGAAGAAAAGGUGCCAGAGCUGGCAGCCUUCUGGCUCCUGUCUUUCAUGUUCCAGCUGCCGGUGCUGCUGUUCUUCCUGACCGAUGAAGGAAUUAUCAUCCUGCCUCUGGAGAGGGCCGUCCACUCCGUCUACCUCCUCUUCCUCCUCGCCCAGAUCCUGGCCUCCUUCUUGGCGCUCAGGACCAUGACCCGAAAGCUUACCUUGCUCUUCUAUCUGCGCCAGUUUGGAAAGGUGGAGGGCUUCCGGCACACAGGGAUGAGCCCAGUCUACGGCCUUCCCUACCACCGCAGUGUGCUGCCGGUGUCACCCAGCCAAGAUAUGUUCCAUUAAAGUAAACAUCCAUCCUCUGGUAACCUUUAUGUGCCUGUGAGACUUUUCUUGUCCUUUAAAAAAAAACAACAACAUCAUUUUAGCUGUGUUAAUGCAUUUAGUAAAACUAAGUUAACCUCAGCCCCCAUAAUGCAUCAGUAAUGCUUGAUGGUUGCAAAAAAAACCCAAAACACUUAGGACCUUAAAGAUAAAAGUCCCCCAAACAUGGUCACCCAAUUACCGAUUCAAGAAACUCUGAAGUGUUUAAAGCUAGUCUCAAAGUUCAGCAGAAGUCAGCGCAGAAUGUUCCAUACUAAUAUUUACCUUGGAUUUAUUGUUUUUACUGAUUUUAUUUAUUGUUUUUUACUGAUUUUGUGCGUACACAUGUGCACAGAGAAGCGACAAAUACAUAAAUCUUCAAUUUUGAAUUUAAUUUCAUGUUUUUUUUCUGAUUUUAUUUAUUAUCUCACACUGUUGGACCUCAGUUUUGUAUUGCGUCCUUGAAAGUGAAAAAUAAUAUUAGUAGAUGGCAUUUUUUAUGUUGUUGUUUUUGAUGUGGACAUUUUUGCCUUUAAGGACGUCUGUGUAACCUAUUAAACUGGCGCCUGAGGAUUAAUUGCA